CAGAGCUGACGCACAUGAGCACGUUUUUCAUUCGCUGACUAUUGUCACGUUAAACAUUUUCGGUUGCUAGACGACAAUAAUGCACAUUACACGCGUACAGCGAAGAGAGACGCGAAACGACGCUGAGGCUGAGCAAUAUUACUGCGCUGACUUUAUAGCGUUCACACAAUAUCGACGUAGAAUCUGCUGCUUUUCUUAACGGCGACAUCAGGAAACAGCUGCAUCUUGGGAACUUCUUAACACCCCUUACCCAUUUCAGUGCUCCUUAAUGCUGUUUUAUAUUAGGAUUGGUGCGAAUCUUCGAAAUGAGAUAAUUAAGAUUUCCUGCUGCAUCAUAAUACUCGGACAUUACAGGUCGUGCCUCCAUCAAUAGCCUAUAUCAUACUGAAUGAGAAAGUAUUAUGGUUCUAUUGUUUGUAAAAGGCGAUGAUAAAAUAAAAACAGACCAUCAGAUAGGCUAUAAUGUCUGUAGUAGCCGGAGAAGUUGUCACUGAAGAGGAGGUAGAGGAUCUGGCAGAGGACAGUCUGUGUAGCAGCUAUGUGUCCGACACUGAAAAGAAAUUAAGAAAAAAGAAAGUUUCAGGCAGACCACCUCCUUCUCCUAGGUCACCAUACCUGAACAGUGCAAGCUUGCAUCUGAAGAGAACUCCGGUAGCAUCGUGGAGGACGGUGAAAGGGACACAGCUCCAAAACUGUAAAAGACCCCCUGCUGGUACACCGAAGGACGUCUGGCUGCACUUACAGAAUGAUGGACAUGGGACAUUGUCAAAGUCUCCAAAAGGAGCGGAUUACAGUGUCACACAGACCAGCAUCUCCAUGACCAGCACACCCGAAUACUUGAAGGAGGCCUUAGGAAUGAAAAAGCCAAAAUAUUCCCUCUCUGCAUCCAACGGUUAUGUUCCAGGGACCUCCGACUACAAAGAGAAGGAGGAAAUGUAUGAUGAAAUAAUUGAUCUAAAAAAGACCAUCCAAUCCCAAAAGACUGAAUCGGACAAGAUGAAAGGCAAGCUACGGCGUCUUGAAGAAGAAAACGCUAAGAAAGACAGACAAAUCGAGCAGCUGUUGGAUCCAACGAAGGACCCAGAGCAUGCUAGAGGUUUAGUGGACAGAAAGACUGAUCCUAGAUCGAUCAUUAACGGACUGAAACAGAGGAUUGUACGAUUGGAGCAGCAGUACAAAGAAAAAGAGAAUGCCUUAAGUCAGCUUCAGAGUGACCUCAAAACCACCAACAUGCAGGAAAUGAAGAUCACGGUAGAAACCUACUUUGAAGAGGUUCAAAGAUUGAGAGCACUUUUAGAGUCGACUGAAAGAAGUAAUAAGGCAGAGAGCAAAAACAUCAGGCGGCAAAACAAGACCCUUAGUGCAACGGUUCUGAAACUCACAAACACUGUUCAACACCUGGAGAACGAGAACCAGGAGCUCAAAAAAGAAUUGACACAGGAAGAGAUGAACAUGAUGGAGAGCCCUGCGUGCCGGGCUAAGGGUUAUAUGGAUUGGAGUAAACAGAGACUUGUGCGACGAAUCCUGGAGCUUGAAAAGAGAGUCGAGCAGAUGAAGAAUCUUCAGAUCACCAAAGCAUCAGACUCACUGAAGAGCCCAGACAAUAAAGGCACUCAGUCAGAAUCGGCCAAUCAGAGUGAUUCUGUCAACACAGAGAUGGAGCCAUCUGUGAUUACAGAGAAUGAUGCACAUUUGAGGGAAACAGUUAAGAAACUUGAAGAAGAGAAAAAGGAACUAGAGGGAAAACUAACCCAGAAAGAUGAGGAGAUAAAGCAGUUGUCUGCUGAGAAGGAUAAGAGUCUGAAAGAGGUCGAAAACAUGCUGAAGGAACAAAUCAGAGAGCAUGAGAGACUGAUGCAAACACAUAGGCAGGAGAUGGGCGCACUGACCAUAGAAAUCAGCUGUUUGAAAGCGAAACUAGAGGAGGAGAGAAAACUCAGAUUAGUACAAGAUCCAAGUCAGGUUCGGGACGGUUCUUUGUCAUUAACACUCACAGAACCAUUGUCAUCAUCAGAAGUCGUGCCGAUAGAGAAGAACAGAGCAGCUAAGAUCAUCCAGACACACUGGCGCUCCCACCGAACACGGGAUCUAGUUCUUUUACAGUCCUGUCUCAGAGGGCAUCUAAUUAGGCAGAGGCAGUUAGAUGGACAGAGUCAAGCAGACCCAAGAACUGUCCCUGGUGCCAUGAGCCAAUCAGGUAUGAACACUCAGGCUGUACAGGAAGAGGAAGUGACUCUGCUGCAGUCUGUCUUUAGGGCUCAUCUCAAACGCAGUACUCUGACGAUGGACAGGGUGUCUGCAGUGACACAGUCUGUAUCUUCCAAACAUCAGAAAAAGCUGUAUCUCUCCACCCCUCCACUGCUGCCCAGAGGCUCCUCACAAGCCAUGUUUACUAACAAAACGCAAACCUCAGGUGUAACUGAGAAUAAUAGCGAGGAGACUGCAGAGGAAUUAAAUCCUGCUUACAAUGAUAAGCUACAUGACAAGAGAUCAAUACCAGCAAUUGCAGCCUUGGAAAGCAAAAGAGAAGUCUUAUUGAUUCCAAAACUUUUGAAAGCAGACCUGAAGAUCCACCAACAUCAACCAGGCAAUGAAAUUCCAAAGACCAUCGACUCGGACGACUCGGAUGACAUCAUUGUGUCUCCUUCAAAGCCAUUGAGAAAAAAAAAAAUCCUUAAGUCCGUUCAGUGAAAAUGACUUUAUGUAGUUUUUUUUUUACUAUUUGGACCACAUGAACACACAUAAUUACCUGAGCAACUUAAAGUGGAAUUGAAACCAAAAAAAAAUUUAACUGAUUGUAUAUCGGCAAUAAUGACUAGACAGAGAAGAACAUGGAUCAUGGAUGAUGGAUCAUUAUGGUUUUGUGAUUUUCACACUUUUAUUCUGCUAAGAUCAUGUUCUUUUGACUUCUAGGAGCUAAGCCUUCUAAUAAGGGACAAAUACCAUGUUUUGUCUUCACACUCCAAAAGUGCCUUGUGUUGAAUGAUCAUCUUUAAAUGAGGAUCAGGGAUUUACUAUUCUUCGUUUACUUUUCAUUGUAGAUCAAUAUACAUAUUACACUAAGCAGGAUAUCGCAUAAAGUAUAUUUAAGCCAUUGUGUGCAUUUAAGGUACACCUCUGAUUGAUAUAAAAAGUACUGUGAAUCUCCACAAAUAUGGGUGAUGUAUGUAAGAUAUUGCUGUAUAAGACUUUAUUCAGAUUGGGGAAAAAAUGACAGUAAAUGCUGUUUCACUUAAAUGUUGUCAGCGUGUUACGUUUUAUUAUAGCUUGUGUAUCUGUAUUGAACCAAUAAUAGCACUGAAAAAUGUGAUGCUGUAUUGCGGUUUUUAAAGUCUUGUUAAAACACAUUAUUGUUUUGUGCCAUUCUUGAAUUUAUGUUAGAUUUAUGUUUAUUAAAGACUUGUUUUCUCUGGUC